CUAAAAGAAGAAGAAGAAGAAGAAGAAGAGUCUGAAACUCCACAGGCUAAAAGGAAAUUAUCUAAGGGCUUUUUUUAAUGCAACUCGAUUUUUCCUGUUAAAUAUACCGAUAAUCGGUUCAGUACAGGAUUAUCUGGUACAUUUUUCCUCACAAAUUAAGAGAUCUGCACUGAAGUGCCUCCAUGAUGGAGCCUCAAGACUCCAGUGAUGGAGAAGAACCCUCUGAUCCAAAGGUGAAGAAAGCAGAGUCCAGCGGUGAGUCUAUGAAGACUGACUGGACCAUUCAGGAGCCUCUAAACUUCAGCAGUGGAGGAGGAAGCUCUGAAACACGCAGGAUGGAAACUCAGAGGUCUGUUUCUCCAGUGAGCAGCUGUAUGUCUAUGAAGAGUGAGGACUGGUUCUCUAACUUGGCUUCACUACAACAGGAUGCCGGUUUUGGACAAAUGUAUAAUUCAGGACUGCAGAAAUCCAGAGGAGAACCACCAGAACCCAGUUAUGUAUCUAUGAAGAGCCACAACUCAAUGUUUAGGCCUCCUGAUUUCAGUAAUGGACCAGCACCACCAGAACCCAGCUGUGUGUCUAUAAAGAGCCAAAACUCAAUGUUUAGGCCUCCUGAUUUCAGUAAUGGAGCAGAACCUCCAGAACCCAGCUGGGUAUCUAUAAAGAGCCACAACUCAAUGUUUAGGCCUCCUGAUUUCAGUAAUGGAGCAGAACCUCCAGAACCCAGCUGGGUAUCUAUAAAGAGCCACAACUCAAUGUUUAGGCCUCCUGAUUUCAGUAAUGGAGCAGAACCUCCAGAACCCAGCUGGGUAUCUAUAAAGAGCCACAACUCAAUGUUUAGGCCUCCUGAUUUCAGUAAUGGAGCAGAACCACCAGAACCCAGCUGUGUGUCUAUGAAGAGUCACAACUCUAUGUUUAGGCCUCCUAACUUUAGUAAUGGAGCAGAACCUCCAGAACCCAGCUGUGUGUCUAUGAAGAGCCACAACUCAAUGUUUAGGCCUCCUAACUUCGGUAAUGGAGCAGAACAUCCAGAACCCAGCUGUGUGUCUAUGACGAGCCACAACUCAAUGUUUAGGCCUCCUAACUUUAGUAAUGGAGCAGAACCUCCAGAACCCAGCUAUGUGUCUAUGACGAGCCACAACUCAAUGUUUAGGCCUCCUAACUUUAGUAAUGGAGCAGAACAUCCAGAACCCAGCUGUGUGUCUAUGAAGAGCCACAACUCUAUGUUUAGGCCUCCUAACUUCAGUAAUGUAUCAGAACAUCCAGAACCCAGCUGUGUGUCUAUGAAGAGCCACAACUCAAUGUUUCUGCUUCCUGUCUUCAGUAAUGUUGGAAUAUUGAAAAGGGGAAAGUGUAAUCUACUGCAGGAUCAUUUGAGGUGUGGAUUGUGUGAGCAGCUUCUUACAGAUCCAGUCUCUGUCACUUGUGGACACAGUUUCUGCAGACUGUGCAUUAACAGAUACUGGGAUGAAACUGGUCGGACUGGAGAUUUCACCUGUCCCUCCUGCAGAAAGAGAUCUAAAACACGUCCUGCUCUGCAUUCACACACAGAGGAGUCUAUAAAACAAGAUUCUUACCAACUAGACGAUGAUGUUCUUCACAGUGUCAUACAGAAACACAAAACCUGUAUGAAGAACAGGUACGAGAGCUUAUUUGAGGGAAUCAAAACACAAGAGAACAGAACCCUCCUGAACAGGAUUUACACACAGCUCUACAUCAUAGAGGGAGAGAGUGAAGGGGUUAAUGAAGAGCAUGAGGUUAUACAGAUGGAGAAGACUUCAAACAAAUACUUACAGGAAACCCCAAUCAACUGCUUAGACAUCUUUAGACCUGUAGAAGAUCCUGAAGAAGAAAUGGAAGGAGUGAACAAUACAGCUGUGAUGGUUAAUGUCAUCAGACAAAAAGAAAGGAAAGAUAAAGGACCAAAAGAGCUUAAAACUGUUCUGACUAAAGGCAUUGCUGGAAUUGGAAAAACAGUCUCUGUACAGAAGUUCAUUCUGGACUGGGCAGACGGAAAAGCCAAUCAGGAUGUAGAUUUCAUGUUUGUGCUUCCAUUCCGAGAGCUGAACCUGAUUAAAGAGGAGCAGUACUGUCUUUACACACUUCUCUGCACUUUUCAUCCUGAGCUCAAAGACCUGGACUCUAGGAUUUGUAAUUGGCGCAAAGUUGUGUUCAUCUUUGAUGGUCUGGAUGAAAGCAGAAUUCCACUGAAUUUUUCACAGUGUGAGAAAGUGUCUGACAUCACCACGACAUCAUCAGUGGGCGUGUUAAUGACAAACCUUCUCAAAGGAGAGUUGCUGCUCUCUGCUCACAUCUGGAUUACCUCCCGACCAGCAGCAGCCAAUCAGAUUCCUCCUCAGUAUAUCAACCGUGUUACAGAAAUUCAGGGGUUUAAUGACCCACAGAAGGAGGAGUACUUCAGGAAGAGAAUCAGUGACCAAGACCAAGCCCAGAAAAUCAUCUCCCACAUUAAGACAGCGAGGAGUCUCCACAUCAUGUGCCACAUUCCCGUCUUCUGCUGGAUCUCAGCCACUGUGCUUCAGAGAAUCAUGAAACAGAGUAACACAGAAAUCCCUAAAACUCUGACUGAUAUGUACUCCCACUUUCUGAUCACUCAGACCAACAUGAAGAAUGAGAAGUAUGAGGAGAACCUAAACUUGGAUCCAGAGAAAUUGUUAAAAUCUAACAGAGCCAUGUUUCUGAAACUGGCAGAACUGGCUUUCAAUCAGCUGAUGAAGGGGAACGUGAUGUUCUAUGAAGAGGACCUGAGAGAGUGCGGUAUUGAUCUCACUGAGGCCUCAGUGUAUUCUGGGAUCUGCACUGAGAUCUUUAGGGAGGAAUGUGUGCUUUAUCAAAGGAAGCUCUACAGCUUUGUACAUCUGAGCUUUCAGGAGUUCCUGGCUGCUUUCUAUGCGUUUCACUGCUACCUGAGCAAGAACGUGGAAACAUUGAGGGUUUUUAAGCCACAGAACAGAAAAUGGCCUGAAAAUGUCCCACUGCAUGAGCUCCUGAGGGGAGCAGUGAGUAAAGCCUCAGGGAGUCCUAAUGGACAUCUGGAUCUUUUCCUCCGUUUUCUGCUGGGCAUCUCUCUGGAUUCCAGUCAGAAGGUCUUACAGGGCCUUCUGAUCCACAUAGAGAACACCUCAGACAGCAUUAAAAAAACAGUGAACUACAUCAGACGCCUAAUCUCAGCAAAAGAUCUUGUUACUGACAGAUCUGUUAACCUGUUCCUCUGUCUGACUGAAAUGCAUGACCAGAAUUUGUCCAAACAGAUACAGAAGUACAUAAACUCGAACAAAAGCUCAAAAAAGAAACUGUCUGCUGCAGAAUGUUUAGCUCUGUCCUACAUGCUGCAGAACUCAGAGGAGGUGCUGGAAGAGCUGGACCUGAGAAAAUACAGCACAUCAAGAAUUGCUUAUAUGAAACUGUUUCCAGCUGUGAACAACUGCAGAAAGGCUCUACUUGCUGGCUGUGGUCUCAACAUGAAACACUGUGAAACUGUCUGCUGUGCUCUGAAAUCAGAAAGCUCCAACCUGAAAGAGCUGGACCUCAGUAACAAUGACCUGCAGGAUUCAGGAGUGGAGCUGCUCUCUGCUGGACUGAAGAGUUCACACUGUAAACUGGAGACACUCAGACUAGCUAGAUGUAAUCUUAAAAACCUGGGAUCAGUUUCAAACCUCGAAAGCUCCACCCUAAAAGAGAUGGAUCUCAGUAACAAUGACCUGCAGGAUUCAGGAAUUGAGCUGCUCUCUGCUGGACUGAAGAGUUCACACUGUAAACUGCAGAUACUCAGACUAGCUGGGUGUGAUCUCACCAUAAAACAAUGUGAAACUAUCUGCUGUACUCUGAGGUCAGAAAGCUCCACCCUGAAAGAGCUGGACCUCAGUAACAAUGACCUGCAGGAUUCAGGAGUGGAGCCGCUCUUUGAUGGACUACAGAGUUCCUACUGUAUACUGGAUACACUUAGGCUAGCUAUGUGUAAUCUUGGGGUAAAGGCAUGUGAAAAUCUGGCAUCAGUUGUAAACCUGGUAAGUUCCUGCCUGAAAGAACUGGACCUCAGUAACAAUGACCUGCAGGAUUCAGGAGUGGAGCUGCUCUCUGGUGGACUGAAGAGUUCACACUGUAAACUGCAGAUUCUCAGAUUAUCUGGUUGUAUGGUCUCAGAGAAAGGCUGUUCUUCUUUGGCUGCAGCUCUGAGUUCGAAUCCCUCCCACCUGAAGGAACUGGAUCUGACCUUUAACCACCCAGGGGAGUCAGGACAACAGCUGUUCUCUGCUAGACCAGAAGAUCCAGGCUACACGGUCAGAAUGGAAUCUGGAGGGGCAAUCAGAAUGAAACCAGGACUAAAGAAAUACGGCUGUGAUUUCACACUGGAUCCAAACACAGUAAACCCUCGUCUCUCUCUGAGUGAGGAGAACAGGAGGGUGGAGAUUAGAGAGGAGCUGCAGUCGUAUCCUGAUCAUCCAGAGAGAUUUAAUUGGUAUCAGCAGGUUCUGAGUAGAGAGGGAGUUACUGGACGCUGUUACUGGGAGGCUGAGUGGAGCGGGAGAGGAGCUUCUGUAGCUCUGAGUUAUAAAACCAUCAGCAGGAAAGGAGACAGAUCAGACUGUGGGUUUGGAGGGAAUAUAAACUCCUGGAGUCUGAACUGCUCUGAUUACAGAUACUCUGUUCUUCACAAUAAUAACAGAACUGAUCUCCCCCCUCCUCCCUCCGGCUGUAGGAGAGUAGGAGUGUAUGUGGACUGUCCCGCCGGCACUCUGUCCUUCUACAGCGUCUCCACUGAUACACCCUCACACACUCUCACACACUUACACACACACUCACACACACCCUCACACACUCUCACACACUUACACACAUUCUACACCACCUUCACUCAGCCCCUCUAUGCAGGGAUUGGGUUUUAUGGUUCUGGCUCCUCAGUGACUCUGUGUAAAAUAGUAUAACCCUGUGUAACAGAGUGUGUGUGUGUGUGUGUGUGUGUGUGUGUUGGGGAGCUGUAUAAAUCAUUUCUAUUCCAGACUAAAGACUUGAAUCAAACUGAUUCAUCAAUCUACAGUUUAUCACACUGUUUAUGAUUACUGUAAUAAAAUGUAUUUCUUUAUUCCUGUAAUUCA